AUGGCACAAAUGGGACUGGCAUCGAUGGGGACACGUCUGAAUCGCACCCCUGCUGAGAUGGAGAAGGGAGAUAAUGUUCUUUUUGAAGAGGCCAACGGAAGCGACCGGUCUACUGAUGGCGAGUUUACCUGGACGCCCGAGGAAGAGAAGAAGGUCCGACGCAAACUGGAUCGAGUGAUCGUGCCGCUCACUACCUUUCUAUAUCUGCUAUGCUUUCUUGAUCGUGUAAACGUUGGAAAUGCACGCAUUCAGGGUAUGGCCGAGGACUUGAACCUCGUGGGUGUCCGCUUCAACUGGGUGACUUCGAUAUUCUACAUUGUUUACAUGUUUGUCGAAGUACCCAGCAACAUUCUUCUGAAGAAACUCGGCCCAAAGUACUAUUUGCCGCUUCUUGUGUGCGGAUUUGGCUUGGUAUCACUCUGCAGCGCUUUUGUGCAUAACUUUGGAGGAUUGCUAGUUGCAAGAGCUUUUCUAGGGGUCUUUGAAGGCGGUGUAAUGCCUGGACUUGCAUUCUUCAUCACAUGCUUUUACAAGCGCAACGAGCUCCUGUUCCGCAUCGGUAUUUACGUUUCUGCAGCCUCCAUGGCUGGAGCUUUUGGUGGACUACUCGCCACUGUUCUUGCUCGCAUUCCGCCAUGGGGAGCUUCGGGCAUGAUCAUCCAUACCUGGCGUAAUAUCUUUUUCUUCGAAGGACUUUUUACCGUACUCGUCGGCCUUGGAGCGCCCUUCCUCAUGCCUCGCAGCCCACAAGAAUGCUGGUUCUUAAACGAGCGCGAGCGGAUGAUCGCUACCCAGCGACUUGUGCUAAAGAGUGGAGCCGAUGAAAAUGAGAAGACGGAAGUCCACCAUGUGAAGAGGGCUGUGAUGAACAUCACAAACUACUUCUGCGCCUUUGGCUUCUUCUUUAUCAACAUCACCGUGCAGGGUAUCUCUCUAUUCAUGCCCACUAUUCUCAGGGAUCUUGGUUGGACGGCCACGAAGUCUCAACUUUAUUCAGUACCUCCCUAUGUAUGCGCGUGCCUGAUUGCCAUUGCAGUGGCCUUCGUCUCGGACAAGACCAACCGCCGUGGUAUCUACCUCGCCAUUUUUACGCUCCCAGCUAUUGCGGGCUUCUCUAUUAUGCGAUGGGCUACCGACCCGAACGUCAGAUACGGUGGUAUUUUCCUUAUCACUAUUGGCGCGUUUCCAGGUGGUCCUGGUUUCCUCGCGUGGGCGGCAAACAAUGCAGCAGGUCCUGCUGUCCGCUCAGUCUCGACUGCUUACGUGGUCACGCUUGGUACCGCUGGAGGUAUUCUUGCGACCUGGACGUAUACCAGUCAGGAUGCACCAAGGUAUCCGACAGGUCAUACUAUCAACUUGGCUGGUCAGAUCUGCGUGUGCCUUCUCGCCACUUUCGGAAUCUUUUAUUGCAAGUGGGAGAACAAGCAACGCGACCUGGGCAAGCGAGACCACCGUCUGGUUGGCAAAACCGCUGCUCAGAUCAAGGACCUCGGAUACAGACACCCUGAGUUCCGCUACAUGCACUAG